AAUCAAACUAAAGUUAUCUUUUCGAUAUCCUAUAAAAACCCACGAUCCCCUUUCCUCCUCCCUUUGUCACUCCUCCUCCUCCUCCUCCUCCUCCUCCUCAUGAGAAAAAACCCCUAACAAAUUUCAAUAUCUGGGUCUCUCUUUCUGUGUUUGUAUUGUAUCUCUAAAAAUUCACCAUGUUUUCUACACCAUAUGUAUUGUUCUUUGCUCUGUUACUUUCGGUGCCAUUGAUAUUUCUUCUGGCACCUAAAAUUCUCCCACCAAAACAUCAACCAAUUUCUCUUCCUGAUGAACUUGAUGAUCUUGCUUUAUUUCGAAGAGCAUCUCUUGCAUCUAUGAAUCAUCCGCAAUCAAAAUCAUCAAUCUCACAUCUGGGUACAACAAAUCCACCACCGAAAAUCGCUUUUUUGUUUUUGACAAAUUCUGACCUAAUUUUUGCUCCUCUUUGGGAAAAAUUCUUCAAAGGGAAUGAAAAAUUGUAUAAUAUUUAUAUCCACGCAGAUCCAUCAAUCAAAAUAACACCUCCUGGUGGUGUAUUUAAUGGAAGGUUUAUAGCAGGUAAGAAAACAAAACGUGCAUCUCCAACAUUGAUUUCUGCUGCUAGAAGGCUUUUAGCAACUGCUCUUCUCGAUGAUCAAUCAAAUACGUUUUUUGCUCUGGUUUCUCAACACUGUAUUCCUCUCCACUCAUUUCGAUUUGUUUAUCACUCGUUAUUUGCAUCGCCUCAUACCGAGUCAUCUUCAAAAUCUUUAUCAACUGAGUCAUGGGUAACUCGUUGGAAUCGUCGUGGUCAAGUUAGAUACAGUAGUUUUAUUGAAAUUCUGGGUGAAGAACCAACACUACAGGAUAGAUAUACUGCAAGAGGAGAAAAUGUAAUGAUGCCUGAAGUAUCAUUUGAUGAUUUCCGUGUUGGAUCACAGUUUUUUAUACUAACUCGUCGUCAUUCAUUGCUUGUAAUUCGAGAUCGAAGGUUAUGGAGGAAAUUCAGAUUACCUUGUUUAAACAAAGAAUCUUGUUACCCAGAAGAACAUUAUUUUCCUACUUUGUUAUCUAUGGAAGAUCCUAAAGGUUGUACUCAUUUUACACUAACUAAUGUAAAUUGGACUGGUAGUACUGGUGGUCAUCCUCAUGAAUACAAGCCAGGAGAAAUCAGUGCUGAACUUGUUUACAGACUUAGGGUUUCAAAUUCAACAUACUCUUAUCUGUUUGCAAGGAAAUUCAAUGCCGAUACUUUGAAUCCGUUAAUGGAGAUUGCUGAUACCGUCAUUUUCAGAGACUGAAAAAUUCUCAGUAAUCAGAAACGUGCUACUGGAUGGUGUCAAAAGUGUGGGAGUGAGUUGACUCAGUGAGAGAGCUAGAGCCAACGAGUUUGAGGCUGUAUUGUAAAAUGAAUUGGGCAACUUGGAAAUCCGGGUAAAAAUAAGGAUCUUCUCGAUCCUGCUGGGAUGUUUUUUCUCUCGCAAAGCAAGAGAAGAACGAAUGAAGCAUCUUAAAAAGAUGAGAAUCCCAGGCCGAGAACCAGACCCAAAUAGCAGCCCAACUUGAGCCAAGUUCAAGUCAGGUUUUCUUUUUUCAUAGUUUUAGCAAGAAAAAGAAAUGAAAACAAAGCAAAAAAAAAAAAGGAGGUUUAUGUUUAAAAUUGUCCGUGGUUUUGUAUAUAUAUGUUUGAAUGGAAUCGUUGUUGGUCAGUAUAAGUCAAACUGUUCUUUUCCUUUAAGGUUCAGGAAAUGGGAAACAAAAGUGAAUGGUUUUGGGACUAUUGUAGAGAAUGAAAAAAAGAAAAGGUGGAAGGAAUCAGCCCCAUCAAUGCUUUACUUGCAACUCUUUGAAUGCCCCUUUUUGUUUUUGUAGCGUGUUGAGAAAAACAUUUGAAGAAAGAUGUAUCUGUAAUGGGAAUUGAGGAAAAUGAAAACCAAAUAUUCUCUCUA